AUUUUUGUCAGUGGUGUCUGCAUGGAAGUUCGUGGAGAUGCUUUGCUAGUUUCAGCCUCAGCAGCAGACUGGUCCUUUUUUGACAUCUCUCUCUCAUAUCUUGUGGUAACAGGAUCCCUGUUUUGGAUUUCGAUAUAGUGAGAGACGUGGAGUUCCAGUCAUGGCUUCAAGACGAACAGAUGUUCCUGCUAUUGAGCAUGGCUCUGAAGGGCUUCUAGGAAAGAUGUCCCAGCCAAUUGGAAUACACCGUCGGGCAUUUAGUUAUGAUGAUGCCCUGGAGGAUACAACACCAAUGACCCCUCCCCCUUCAAACAUGUGCACCAGUAUCCUGUGGAAACAGCCAGUCAUCCCAGACCGAAAAUAUGAAGAGCUUUCCAAGGUUGAGGAAGGGGAAACUAGCAUGCAUCUAUCUACUAACACCCCCUCAACUUCCACUGAGACUGUGAACAAGGUUACAGUGGUGAAGGCCAAGGCUACCCACAUCAUCAUGAAUUCUCUCAUGACAAAACAAACUCAGGAGAGCAUUCAGCGCUUUGAGCAGCAGGCAGGGCUGAGAGAUGCCGGAUACACUCCCCACAAGGGCCUCACUGCAGAGGAGACAAAAUACCAUCGUGUGGCUGAGUCACUCCAUAAUCUAAAGAUGCAAAGCGGAGAAAUAGCAAAAGAAGAGAAACAGGCCUCUUCUGCUCAGUCCACUCCAAGCAGCACUCCACAUUCCUCUCCCAAGCGCACAUACAGGAGCUGGUUUAGUCAGGGAACCUCCACUUCCAUCUCUGGUCCAGAUCUUGUCUCCAUGGAUUCCAGCGGUGGUGACAGCGAUAAAGCCCCCUCUGAAAAAUGGAGCCUUUUUGGACCUCGAGCUCUCCAGAAAUCCACUACCGACCCAGGGGGCUUUACCAUCCAGGCCUACAAGGGUGCCCCGAAACCUACUCCAAUGGAGUUAAUGCGUGCUCAGGCCACCAGGAUGGCAGAGGACUCGGCAACGUUCAAGCCUCCCAAGAUGGACAUUCCAACUACUGAAGAAAAGAGACGUUCCCCACGUUCUCAUAACAUCAGACCACGAGACAUGAAUGUGCUUACUCCCACUGGGUUCUAGCAACAUCUCCACAUAGAGGCAGGAUAAUGUUCUAAAUACU